CUCCCUCACGGCGAGCAACUUCAAUUACGACAGCACCCGAAGGCAGUAGUAGUUCCUCGCGCUGAUUGGGGGAGAGAGCUCAUUUAGCCUUGUCUCUUUGCCCUGUGAGCAGUGGCCUGGUGGCAUGGCUCCCCGGGCGGUCUGGCUUCUGGUCGCGCUGUCCGGCGUCCUGAACGUGCGCUCCUGCGGGGCUUAUACCUGUCCGGCCAUCUGCCGCUGCACCGCCGACACGUUUCAGUGCAGCAGAGAGACUCAGCUGGCCUCCCGAACAGGAGUAACAUCUGUGCGUCGACUAAGGCUCACCCAUCUGCCCUUGAAACAAGUUUCCACUCAUGCCUUCAGGGAGCUGAUCAACAUUACCAUAAUAGAGAUUUCCCAGAGUGACUGCAUCACACACAUCCAGAGACACGCCUUCCUCUCCCUCCACAGUCUGGCACAGAUCUCAGUGCAGAAUAUCAACAGUCUCAGAGUUAUUGAAAAAGGUGCCUUCACUGACCUGCCGAGGCUGGAAUAUUUGAGCAUCUCUAACACGGGCAUAAUACACUUUCCAGAUUUCACAACUAUCUCUUCCUUGGUACCAAAUUUUAUCCUAGAAAUGGCAGACAACAUGAAGAUCGACGACAUUCCUGCUAAUUCCUUUCAGGGCAUCACAAAGAAAUAUGCUGACAUGAACCUGGUAAGAAAUGGCUUCAAAGAAAUAAAAUCUCACGCAUUCAAUGGGACCAAGCUCAACACUCUAAUUUUGAGAGACAAUACACAUCUCAGAUGCAUUGAAGAAGAUGCUUUUGAAGGAGCUACAGGUCCAAGUUAUCUGGAUGUUUCCUCCACAGCUCUGAGUUCCCUCCCACCCAAAGGGUUGAAGCAGGUUCGAUCUCUGAAUGCCAGCUCUGCCUUUGCCCUGAAAAGCCUUCCUCCAUUAGAAAACCUGGAUGAACUGCUAGAAGCUGAGUUCACAUACCCCAGCCACUGCUGUGCCUUCCAUACAUGGCGGAGGAAACAAAGGGAAAGUACUUCAAAGAACCUCACAAAGUUUUGUGAUCUCAGUAAAACAGAAACAGAGCGCACUGACGAUGGCAUGAAUUUUAUCAAUGACAUCAACUUUCACUAUCCAGACCUGGAAUAUGAUUGCCAUAACAACCCCUUUGUCACGUGCACACCAAAGCCCGAUGCUUUUAAUCCCUGUGAGGACCUGCUGGGUUUCCACUUCCUGCGCUGCCUCACCUGGAUAAUUACAGUUUUUGCUGUGGCCGGUAACCUUGCUGUUCUGGUCAUCCUGCUUAUUAGCCACCACAAGCUCACCAUCUCCCGAUUUCUCAUGUGCAACCUGGCCUUUGCUGACCUGUGCAUGGGGCUCUAUCUGAUGCUAAUUGCCUUCAUGGACCACCACUCCCGUCACGAAUACUACAACCAUGCCACGGACUGGCAGACUGGCCCUGGAUGUGGUACAGCAGGGUUUUUGACUGUGUUUGCCAGCGAGCUGUCAGUGUACACACUGACUGUGAUUAGCCUGGAACGCUGGCACACCAUCACCAAUGCCAUGCAUGUCAACAAGAGGCUGCGGAUGCACCAUGUGACAGCCAUGAUGGGGGCAGGCUGGGUCUUCUCUUUGCUGGUUGCUCUGCUCCCUCUGGUGGGGGUCAGCAGUUACAGCAAAGUGAGCAUCUGCCUGCCUAUGGACAUCGACACUCUGGGGUCUCAGGUUUACGUGGUGGCUGUGCUUAUUCUCAAUGUUGUUGCUUUCAUUGUGGUAUGCUACUGUUACAUCUGCAUUUAUCGCAGUGUUCAUAACCCAGAGCACUCCACCCGUCACGGAGACACCAAGAUUGCCAAACGCAUGGCUGUGCUAAUUUUUACAGACUUUCUAUGCAUGGCACCAAUCUCCUUUUUUGCCAUCUCUGCAGCUUUGCGUAUGCCCCUCAUAACUGUGUCUCACUCCAAGAUCCUGCUCAUCCUUUUCUAUCCCAUCAACUCCCUCUGCAACCCCUUCCUGUACACCAUCUUCACACGGGCUUUCAGGAAGGAUGUGUGCCAGCUGCUGAGUCGCUGUGGCUGCUGCCAUGCCGACACUUUUCUACAGAUCACAGACUCAUGCCUCACAACAGGCCUGCAUCCACAAAACAGCCCACAGAAAACCUCACUCAGUUAGCUUUUAUGCUCAUCACAUAAAGAUGAAGGGUUGCUUUCUAAGCAAGGGAGCCACAUGAUUGUCAGCAUGCAGAUCUU